UCGAACAAUCAGUUCACUAUCAACAUUUCGUCCAAGUUGGGUCGAACUGUCUUCAUGUGCAGUGGUCUCCCGAAGUCAUUGUCAUGUGCCUCGCUCGUAGCUAAACGAGGUCAGCUGUCAGGCUUCCCGUUGAGAUUACAUUGUACCAGGAAACAUGACUCUAAGUUUACUGUGUGAAAUAUCUCUAUUCAACAGGAUAAAUCCUGUAUUUAUACGCAGGGACCUUAUACACAUUCGCCGUGUAUGACGUGAGUGACAAUAAUGGAAGGCACGGGUCAUGGAACCAUUCAAACAGGCGACACAGAAACAAGUGACCCCAACGAGGAAGAGUCACGCCUCCUUGGAGAUUCACGGGAAAACAAAACUUUAGGAUGUUUCUCGCGUCUACGAUCAUGCAUUGGAGGCUUGUCCACAAACGCCAAGAGUAUUAUUCUUUCUCUAUUUGCUUUGCUUGGACACCUGGUGACGUCGCUGGUGUUGCCGGUAUGGGCGUCCACGUUUGAUGAAAUUGGAAGUGACGUAUUUGUUGGACAGUUCGUUGAUACGUUCUGGGAGCUUCUGAUCCUUUCUGCAGUGUACCUGGCAUGGAAGUGUUUCGACAGGGAGGUGCCUUUGAGGCCAACUGUCAGUUUGAAAUCUUUGGCGAUUUAUGGCCUCACAAAUGCUUUGACUGGAGCCUUCAUCGUCUUUGCAAGCCUUCCAGAGAGAACCCCUCCGUAUUUGCAGUCAAUCAUCGGAUCCUCUCUGAUACCAUUUACAGUUAUUUGUAGAUACAUAAUGCUCAGAAAAGGUGUGAGCUUGAGAAGAGCUGUUUGCAUAAUAAUUGCAAUGAUAGGACUCUUUAUCACAAUGGAACCUCGUAUCUGGGGCCUGAAAGGAAGUAGCGGAACCGGAAGUAGCAAAGGAAGUGACACAGUGGUCUCCCCUGUUGGACGAAUUCUUUGGCCCCUUUCAUUCUGCUUUGGAUUCGUCCCAGACGCAGUUAACAGAGUCAUCACAGAGCAAGAACUGAAACGCCCACAAGCCCAAACCGUGAAUUUUCUGGUGUAUGCUCAGCUAUCGGCCUUAGUGUUUGUCGUACUUCUGUUCUGGGCAGACCUCAUUCCUGGAUUUGGAAUGGCCGACUCUUUCCAGGAACUGUUGCGUCGCGUUGCUGUGGGCAUGCGCUGUAGUGUCUCCACGGACGCAUCCUGCCAACACCUGUCAUUAAAAGCAUUUCUAAUGAUAUCGGCUCACUGCGUUGGAUACCUGUUUCAUUUUCUGCUGAUCAAGCACGCCGAGGGAGCAAUCCUUGCAUCUUUAGUUCAAGCCAUGAGAACCCCCAUCGCGUCUAUAUUCUGGACGUUGUAUCAUUACAACGAGGAUUUAGAUUUGUUGUACUGGUCCCCGGAGUUCAACAUAACCACGUGUUUUUUGAUAGGAGGACUAAUUAUUGUGAUGCCAGCUAUGCUUGUUUAUAACUACUUCAGCAAUGAGGAAAUGAAAAGUGUGUAUAUGAGGGAACGACAGCUGCUUGUACCUGGCAAUGAAAACAUCAAUUCAUAGUGUGGAAUCCAUCUUUCAUAACAUGCGGUGUUUGGUCAGAGGUUUGUCAUCCACCAAUAUACUGAACACGAUACCCUCCCCUAACGCUUUUCAUAUUUUAGGGGCGGUUGGGUAGCCUUGUGGUUAAAGCGUUCGCUCGUCAAGACCGGGUUCGAUUGCCCACAUAGGUACAAUGUGUGAAGCCCAUUUCUGGUGUCCUUGGUGAUAUUGCUAUGAUAUAGUUAGAAGCAGCGUAAAACUAAACUCACUCAAUACUCCUUAUUUUUGAGUGACCCCAAUGCCGUUGUAUAUUUUUUGAAUGAUUUUCCAUGACAGCUUGGUAUCCCAUUGAGAAAUAAAGUAUGUGGAGUU